GUAUAUAGAGCUUCAAUAGCCUGUUUUUCACUAUGGGGUGCCCACUCUUUUGUUGCUUCCCCCCUCUCUUGCCAUAUCUUCAUCCAAACACUCACUCAUUCCUUCAUUUACUCCUUCAUUCAUCUAUUCAUUCAUCUAUUCAUUCAUCUAUUCAUUCAUUAAUUCAUUCAUCUAUUCAUUCAUUAAUUCAAUCCCCUGGCUCCAUUGCAUCGCUUCGGGUUCUAUCAAUGCUGCCGAUCGCAGCAAUCCCUUCCUUUUAACCCUCCUUCAAUUCAGUCCACUCAACGCAUACUUUCCGACGUACAAACACCCUGCCCACCCUGCCCAAUCAUGAAUGCAGGUGGCGCCGAAUUGUUCAAAACCAUAUGCGCCGACUUUGAAGACAUCCUCCCAAACGAUCUCCAUGACUCCUUCUCCAAGAUUCUCGGCGCACAGUACCUUCACGAAACCAACCACCCUCAUCACCAACAACAAGUCCGCGGCAUCGUCUGGGGUGCAAGUCUUCGACCCAUCAUCUCGCUCCAUGUCCAGAUCACCGAAUUCAUCCUCACCCUCACAGGUACACCCCGUCCAAUCCACGUCCACUUUCUCUACCUCGAAGCCUCGCCACAAACUUAUCUCUCGGAUGAGGCCCUCAGGGCCCUCGGCAUUGAGGACAUGGUCGUCGUCGGUGAGGCUCAAGAGCGCUCCAGUACUGGUUCCAUGCGCUUGCCCCUGAAGGUCAACGGGUACACCCUCUUGGUCGCCAGAUCGCCCUCUGACGCUCACUUUGCGCACCUCAACAUCCUCGGCCAAGACUUUAUCCAGCUCACUCGUGCAAAGGUCUUCUUCGGCGGCGACAUACCGCGCUUCGAGAUCAGCUUUGCAUAAAUCAUUUAAUCAACUACUAUCCCAUUGUCCUGUUACUCCCGCCACUCCUCUGUCCUACUCGCAUCUCAAGUCCAUGAAAAGUCCAUGAAAAAUCCAUAGAAUCUAUCCAAAAUAAUGAAUACAGUUCAUGUGCCUUUUUUUUUUUGUUUUGUCGAUAUGAAUGUCCAUGACCAUGUAUAAUACAUCAGUUCUGCCGACGAGUUACAGCGUUGUGGUGCUACAUGUUCUUUGUCUCUG